AUGCGGGAUAACAUCACUAAGGUAGCCGAACGAGGAGAGAGACUAGACACCUUACAGGAUAAAACCGACAAUCUUGCGGUCUCCGCUCAAGGCUUUCGACGAGGUGCCAAUCGGGUCAGGAAACAGAUGUGGUGGAAGGAUAUGAAGAUGCGGUUAUUGAUCGCCCUCGGCAUCAUCGUCCUGCUCUUGAUCAUCAUCAUCCCUAUCGUCGACGCCGAACCGUUAGGUCCAAUCAGACCCCCCUCUGCUACUUCUGCAACAAAUUCUUCUUCUUCCGAUGGUGGUACCCCUAACCGAUUUGCUCCUCCUACCUAA